AUACUUCAUCCUAGCCACGUCAUUUCCUCUAUUCUUAUCUCCCAAGUCAUCCCAUUACACAUCAAUGCAAGAUGGCCACCGCGAUCCCCGUUCCUGUAACUCUUCCCGAAGACAAAGUACCGACUAAAAGAAACGUCAGGGACAUUAUCGGCACAUUCCUGACAGGGGAAUGGCCAUCUGUGGAGCCAGAGACCCUGACUGUGUCAUACCAUGCAUCAUUUGUUAACGGCCACUGUCCCGUGGAGCGACCGAAGCCCGAUACUGGCACACCUACUGAGCCCUUGAAGGUGUUCAUUAAAUUCCAUAAUGACACCAGUGGUGGGCUCGAAAUCUUCGAGCCUCUGGUACCAACCAAGCAUGAGGAAGCACUUUUCUGCUACGAGUACGGUCAAACCGGACUGGGAGCCAAAGUCUACGGAUUCUUCAAGACACAGGAUGGCACACUCGGGAGAGUCGAGGAGUUCCUGGAUGCACGUAACAUGGAGCCGGAGGAUGUUGAGAACUCGGUCAUCCGAGCAGAUGUUGCUAGAGGGCUGGCGAUAUUUCAUGUCAUGAAGACCUCACUGGAGAAAAGGACGGUGGAAUCCUACUAUGAUGCCAUCAUCAACGGCCUCGGGAAUUACCACAGGGCGGAAAAAUUGAAGGCACUCGGCAAGGAAGGAGGAGUGAUGAUCGACAACCUAGUUGACUACAACUUUGGGAAGAGGCUGAGAAAUGUGGUGGACAAGCUGGCAUCCAUUGGGGAAAGACCGGAUGGUAACUAUCGUGCGUUUGACAUCGGUGGGCACUUUAUGCAAAAGAUGUUCAAAUGGUUUGAUGAGGAGAGCAAGAUCGCCAAAAGCAGGAAAUAUACAGAGAAGGAGAAGAAACACUUCUGUGAUGAGUAUGCUCAACAGUGGAACCAGCUGACAGGUGAUUUAGAUACCGGUGAUCAGGUGUUUCUAGAGUCCGAGUACGGAUACUUGUUGGCCAUUACAUUCGAUAUCCAUAAUAUGCUUUGCUUCAUGUAUGAACAAGGCGAUAAGGAUCCCUUGAACCUGCUCGGACUAAACAAGCUAUUUGAUGAGUUUGUGAACCAAAGAUAUAUAUUAAAAAAAGGUGGGGACCUGUUACUGGAACUGCCCGAGGAUUUCAUGCAGCUUAAUGAGAACACGCAGACCGUUGUUAAGGAUCAAGUCAUUAGGUCAAUCAUAUCUCUACGAAAAGUUUACUGCGGAAAGAAAUCCAUUAUUGAGCAGAGUCCUCCAAUAUCCAAACGGCAUGAUAAUGAGCGAUCCAGUUCGAUUUGUUGGCAACACACGGGAUGGAGGUAUCCUACCAUUACGAUGAUUAUUGAUCAGGGUACAAAAGUAAGAACAACUCCCUCGUAUUUUGAUCAACAGUAUUGA